GAGGUUACUCAUCCCGGGCUCAGGUAAGAGGGCCUGGGUUGGGAGCCGGCACACCUAGGGGGGAAGCCGAGAGAGCAGGACGGAACCAUGGACCCCGCCAGGAGAGCAGGCUCCUGGGCAGCGAUCUGGACUAUUGGCUGGCUGCUCCUGCUGUCCUUUCUACUUGCCUCUGCACCCCCAGGAGCGAAGGCCCUGGAGUGUUACAGCUGCGUGCAGAACGCAGAUGACGGGUGCUCGCCGCAGAAGAUGAAGACGGUGAAGUGUGCACCAGGCGUGGAAGUCUGCACAGAAGCUGUGGGGGCCGUGGAGACUAUCCACGGGCAAUUCUCGGUGGCAGUGCGGGGCUGCGGUUCGGGAAUCCCCGGCAAGAAUGACCGCGGACUGGACCUUUACGGGAUUCUGGCCUUCAUCCAGCUGCAGCAGUGUCCCCAGGACCGCUGCAACGCGAAACUCAACCUCACCUCGCGAGGGCUCAACCCCGCAGGCAAUGAGAGUGCCUACCAGCCCAACGGCGUCGAGUGCUACAGCUGCGUGGGACUGAGCCGCAAGGAGUGCCAGGGCAGGGCGCCUCCCGUCGUGAGCUGCUACAACGCCAGCGACCAUUUCUACAAGGGCUGUUUCGACGGCAAUGUCACCUUGACAGCAGCCAAUGUGACCGUGUCCUUGCCUGUCCGGGGCUGCGUCCAGGAUGAGUUCUGCACCCGGGAUUCGGCGACAGGCCCAGGGUUCACGCUCAGCGGCUCCUGCUGCCAGGGGUCCCGCUGUAACUCGGACCUCCGCAACAAGACCUACUUCUCCCCUCAAUUCCCACCUCUCGUCUUGCUGCCCCCACCUCGGUCCACCACCCUGGCCCCAACCAAAUCUGUCAGUACUUCCACCUCAGCCCCAUCCUCCACUGUCACCACCAAAGCUACCCCAGUCUCCACCACCACCCGGUCCACCACCAAACCCAUCACCCCAGCUCAGACCAACCAGACGUCUCCGCAAGAGGUGGGGCAUGAGACCUUCCAGGAAGAGGAAGCUAGCUUGGCUGGAGGUGCUAGUGGCCACCAGGACCGCAGAAAUAUGGGGCAAUACCCCGUAAAAUAUGUGACCCCUAGUAAAGGCUCUGCGGCUCCUUGGGCUGGAUGGGUGACUCUUCUGUUGGCUGUGGCUGCUGGCGCCCUACUAUGAGCUUCUCCACCUCUCGCCCUACUUCCUGGGCCCUGGAUAUCUCCCUUUCCAUUACUUCUUUUCCCACCCCCUGGACUGGGCUGGCCCAGCCCCUGUUCUCCCCAGCUUUUGCUGCACUGGUUUGCGGCUUUGGGACAUAAAGUUACCGUUGUAUAUGUAUAUAUAUAUCCUGCCGGGAUGUUCUAGCUUUUUGAGGGCAGCAGCUGUAUCCCCCGCAUCUUUGUCUCUCCCUGGUGUCCUCCUGAUACUAAGGACAGUGGGAAGUCAGAGCUGUCCCAGGGAAGGAGGGAGAGACGCUGAUAAGCUCUCUGCUCUCUGUUCCAGCUAACCUGGAAUAGGAGAGGCGGGGGUGUUGAUGGCUCUGCCCCCCGCCCCCCCAGGCCCUUCCAUCUUUGUGGGAAACAUUUUUUUGGCAUCUUCUCUUUUCUAGACUGUGAGCUCCUCAAGAGCAGGGCCCGUGCCGUGUCUGGCACAUAAAGGCUUCAAUAAAAGUUUGAUUACUUUGUA